CCAACAGCAGCGGCGGCGACGGCGGCGGCGGCAGCGACACAAGCGGCUUGCUGGGAGCAUCUGCCUUGAUGCAUAUGGCGAGGUACGCGAGAUGGGCCAUCUACAAGGCUGCAUGGAAGCUUUGCAAGGCCUUGUGCAUCUUCAUCCCGGUGAUGCUUGGCGUGGCGCUGGUCCAUGUGGAAACAGGCGAGUGGCUCGGGCCGCGAUACAAUAGGGCCGUCGGAGUUGCGGCGGGAUGGGUGGGCGCAGUCGUGGGCGGCGUCUUCUCUUCUUGGACUCCCCCCUCGCCCGAGGGGGGAAGCUGGCAUCUGCCUCUGGUACCGACAGAUUCAACGUCGUCGACAACAUCAGCACAUCACACCUUCAACAUGCCAGUGCCAUCAGAACUAGGUAUGGUGAUCCCAAAGUCGGUGCACCGUGAUCUGGAAGAUCUCUACGAGACUCUCGGCGGCGGCAGUGGUAGCAAGGAACACAGUGGCGGCGGCAUGCUGAAGCACAGCCGGGAGACGCUGCAGGCAGCAGACGAGUUGGAUGACCACGCCAUGGCGUAUUACGACCUGACUCGGCGGCAGGUCGAGAGAACCAAGGACAAACUCCAGACGCUCCGGGGGCGAGGCUCCAUGUACAGCGGAGUGCGGGAAAGCUGCAGGGCAGAGCCGCCGGCGGUGUGGCGGGCUUUGUUAAUGUGGUGGAGAGGCGCUCGGGUAGCAGCAACUCGGAGUGAUGUCAUGGUCAUCAAACUGAACGAAUUGCGGGAGCUGCUGCACAGACGGAGGCAAGAUAUGGGCGCGGCAAGGCACCACCCAAGCGGCGGUGGUUUAGAUCGGCUGAGUAGGGUGGUGGAGGGUUCAUGCCACUACGCCAAGGCGGCGAGGGAGUACGUCGGACUGCAAAUAGGGUCGGGCGGGGUCGAGGAGAGAAUCGAGGAGGGGUCUGAGAGUAGGACGGGGAAGAGGACGGAGAGCGCGAGUGUGAGCAAGGUGUCUGAGGCAGCGACGGGGUUGCAGGCCGUGUGCGUUGCGACGCGGUGGUCCAAAGAGAGACACGAAGAGCUGGUGGGCCAGAUUCUGCACGAGGCCAAGCUUCUGGACAGGACCAUUAUCGACGUGAACCACCUCAGGGAUAAGGUGCGGCGAACGUACCCGUACGCGCGGGACGAAGCCGAGGUGGAGGUGGCAGGCAACGGCAAGGCGCGGGGGAGGUGGUGCGAGCAGGAGGAGGCGCUGGUGGCGGAGGUGGAGGCAGAGAUGGAGACGCUGAUUGCCAAGUACUUGAAGACUCUGCAGGGAUAUUUCGGGAGGGCGUACGAUUGAGGAGAAGGUCGGGAUGGGAUGAUGCUGAAUGUAUGUACGAAUACGUGGUGUUGUUGACGCGAAAUCG